GAUCACAUUUUGGUACCUGGAACAUGUGCAUGACCUGCAAUGUACAGUACACAGACAUUUAGCUAUGUCAACAAUGUCCCCCUCAAGCUGGGAAAAGGCAUUUUAUGGAAAUGUCUGCUCGUCAGUAACCUCACAGUUUCCAGUUCCUCCCUCAUUAUCGCUGUCAAGUGUUUACAGUGUCUUCAUUAGCAGCCAGCCCUCUAAUGAUAACAAAGCUUAAAAGAAGGCAUCAAUGGCAGUGAUAAGCUUGGCCAAACUACUAUUUUGGAUGACACAAGUCCCCCUGUUUACUCUGGGAGCAUGGGAGCGGACAUCAGGACUGUGAUCCUUGCAUUGGGGAUCUCCAUUUUCAAACCUUGCCGUCGCAAAGUCUGUUUUCAGGCCGGGAAGAAGGUAAAGUUAGUGCCAGCACAGUGGCUUAGAAAGGUUCUAAUUUCAAAAUGUGGAGCUCCAGAUCAUUCCUGUUCCAGGUGUGUUUGUGUCUGGUGGUUUCUAUUGGCUCCUGCACCUGUAAACCUCUAGAUAAUGACAUCCAGAGUGAGGACCCCGAGGAGCUUUACUCUCAGCUGUCAGAGGAGGACCUUCUGGAGGAGGAAGACGCCGACUCCAGGAUGGAGAACCUCCUGGGAACCAUAAAAGAGGGCUUUCUGAGGAAACUUAACCUGUCAGACGUUCCUCAGGAGAACAGCAAGAUCUGCCCUCCUCAGUUCAUGAUGGAGCUCUACAACAAGUACGCCUCGGACAACUCGGCAAACCCUCAGUCUGAUGUCAUAAGAAGCUUCACUGUCCAAGAUAUCCCUCUCUCUGUGACAAAUGGCACAAAGUCAAAGUACAGGCUGCACUUCAACGUCAGCAUCCCCAGCCAUGAAAUGAUCACUACUGCUGAACUACAGCUCUUCUUCUUCUUCCCAGAUCCAAGGUCAAGGGUCACCUCCCGCAAUUUCAAGGCCAUCAUCAAAGUCUAUGAAGUGGAUUACAACGAUUUCACAUCCACCACCCAACUGCUGGUUGGCAAAGAGGUGACAGGCUUGGAGAGCACGUGGGAGACGUUUGAUGUGACCACAGCUAUUCAGAGCUGGCUCAAGUCGGGCCAUGGAGCAACAGUUUUUGAUGUGGUGGUGGACAGGAAGGACUGUGGGGCCUCUAAAGGUGGAGCAGAAGGAGCAGGGUGUUUGAAUAUGAGCGUGUCUGUUGGAGAUAACACUUCAGCGGCUUUAAUAGUCUUCUCAGAUGACCUGGGUAGCAGGAGGAAGGAAAAAAAGAAGGAAUUGAGAGAGAUGAUCCUCCACGAAGAAGAAACCAUCUUGCACUCGGGCACCGACUGGAACAGAGGAGAUCAGCUUCCAAACGAGAUCCCGGAGGCUCCACGGAGAAAGAAAAGAAAGGCGGAGAGGGAAUACUGCCAGCGGACCUCUCUCAAGGUCAACUUCAGAGACAUCGGCUGGGACAGCUGGAUCGUGGCGCCCCCGGAAUAUGAUGCCUUCGAAUGUCGAGGCCUGUGUUACCACCCGCUGACAGACGAAUCGACCCCGUCAAAGCACGCCCUCAUCCAGACGCUGAUGAACAUCAGGAACCCCACGAAGGCCAACAUGGCGUGCUGCGUCCCGAUUAAACUGGACCCCAUCACAGUCAUGUAUCGGGAGAACGGGCGCCUCACUAUUAGAUACCUUUAUGAGGAGAUGAAGGUGGCAGAGUGUGGCUGCAGGUAGUCAGAGAGGCUUGGUUCGCUCCGGUGGUAGCACAGGUGAUGAUUAUGGUUCAAAUGCUGCAUUUCAUUCAAGUCAGUCUGAGCAGUUCAUGCCCUACAUUGGUCCAGGAGAAGGAAAGUACCCCUAAGAAGAAGAUAAUAACAUAAGACGAGAUAAGAUAAGAUAAGAUAAGAACAAAUAAGAUAAGAUAGAACUUUAUUCAUCCCGAGGGAAAUUGUUGUGCAGCAGUUGCAGUACAAAGUAGGAAAGAGUGCAAGAAACAUGGAUUGCCUCCUAUACCUAUCUAUUUUCUUAAAGGUGCUCUAUACAAUAUCCAGAGCAUUCAUAUAGCUGCAAACAACUAUUUGCUAUGUAAAGAUAUAGAGGAGUAAUGUCUACCUGUGCUUUUAGUGCAUGUUCGUGUAUUCGAAAGUGGACCACAGGCUAGCUCACGACCGCCGCUCUGCAUUGCUCUCACACGGUGAGUUACAGCUGAUAACGCUGUCCCGACUGACGGCACCGUUGCGGAAGCGUAGCACCCACCCUCCAAUUCCCCCCGCAGGUUAACACUGUUAGCUCUGUCAGCGCUGUUGCCUUUGUUUUCACUGUUAGUGCUGCAACACGAAAAUGAAAAAUUCUCGCCUGUGAAUAUGUCUAGGGCUUUUAUUGUGAAAGGUAAGAAUGGAAGGAGUGGAUCUGGUCUGCACUGCCUUUGCCAAGGUUGAAAAGAAUCAUAAAGUUUGCCUUCUUGGUUCGGAGUGCGUGAUGUUUCAUAUAACAAAAUAAUAAAGGUCAUGCAAUGCUUAAAUAAAAUAUAAUGUAAGUACUUUUUGACACUGUA